ACUCAAUUCUUUUGGUUGAUAUUACAGGCGACUACAAUGGUUGCCACCAUGACGUAAGCACCAAAAGUGCUCUCUUUCUGCUCCCCCGAUCUCUUCUGUCCACUUAAUUUCACUUGCGGGCAAAGAAAGCUCGAGUUUUUUUUUUGUUUUCUUUUUCUUUUUUUUUUAAGGGAGAAAAGAAAAUCUUGUAAAGGUUUUGAGUAGAAGAAGAAGAAGAAGAAUAGUUGUAAUAUUAGCAGUCUCCAAUGACAGUUUGUCAUAGCUACUUUUUCCUUCAUCAUUUCCCUUGUCUCCAUGUCUCUCGUGUCUCUUUCCCUUUUUCCCUUGCCGGCUAUGAACGCGUUUCGUUCUUUUUUCUUUUCUAUUUUGUUUUGCUUUUUCUCUGGGUGGUGAAUAGUAAAUUUAUAGACCCACUACUUUGAAUCUCUCACCAAAUGUUUUAUCAUUUUCUUACUGUGAUAAUGGUUUUUUACUUUUGCCGGUCAAGUGUCAUGAUCCAUUGUGGUUCCCUCUGUUUUCUAUUAUUUCUAUAUAAUAUAAUAGUAUACAAGUUCACCUUCUGUUUCUCUAGUCGUGUUUCUUUCUUUUUGUUGGUGGGUAUCGUGGUGUAUGGUCCAUGAUACUUCUUGUUGUUGUUCUCGGUUGUGGUAGCAUUGUGGGGUGUACACAAACAGGCACUUGGGUUCUUUGCUCUGAGCUGUAAAGUCCACCUACUGAGUCUUCUCCUUUGACCCUUUUAGCUCUUUUUCUAUGGCCGUUUGAUUCCAUUUUCUCCCUUUAAUUUGAAUUUCAAUCGUGAUGAAGUGGUAACACUGCUGGUUUUCUUGAGGGUUUGGUUUGAUCUUCGAUGGGUGUUUUUGGAUUUGUUGUAUACCAUAAUUGAAGUUGUGCCUUUCUUCUUCCCUCUUCCAUGGCGCCUGCUGGAAAGGUCACCGAGUUCCGCAAGGAAGGAAAUGACUGGUUCUGCAGUGCAGGGUUGCCAAGUGACAUCACUGUAGUUGUGGAUGGUGUAAAUUUUCAUCUUCAUAAGUUUCCGCUCAUAUCAAGAUGUGGAAGAAUAGCACGAAUAUAUGAAGAUUUGAGAAAUACCUGUGAAAAGAAUUCUACCACAGCACUUGAAGAAUUCCCUGGCGGCCCUGGCACUUUUUUUAUUGUUGCUAAAUUCUGCUAUGGUGCUCGCGUGGAAUUCACAUCAAGAAACAUAGCUUUGGUUUAUUGUGCAGCCGACUACCUUGAAAUGACAAAUGAAUAUGGGGAGGAUAACUUGCUUUCUAAGUCUGAAAGUUUCUUCCGCAGGAAUGUACUUUGCAACUGGAAGGACACUAUAUUGUGUCUUCAAAGUUCCGAAUCUGUUUUGCUGAGGGCUGACAAGCUUCAGAUGGUAAGCAAAUGUUUGAGUGCUCUAUCUGUUAUGGUUUGCACAGAUCCUAGUUUGUUUGGAUGGCCCAUGAUGAUGUAUGGUAGUCGACAGAGUCCUGGUGGAAGUAUACUGUGGAAUGGAAUAAAUACAGGAGCUAGAAUCCGAAGCUCUGAAUCUGACUGGUGGUUCGAGGAUGUCUCUUAUCUCAGUAUGAGUAUGUUUGGAAGACUCAUCAAGACCAUGGAAGCAAGGGGCAUAAGACCUGAAAAUUUGGCUGCUGCCAUAAUGUAUUACGCUAGAAAGUAUAUACCAGGUCUGAGCCGAUGGCAGAAUGAAAAGAGUGGCAGAACUAGAACAGUUGCAAGUUUUAGCCUAACACCUGCUUCUGUUGAUCAAAAGGUUUUGCUGGAAACAAUUGAAAACUUUCUCCCACAAAAGAAGGGCAAGUCCUUCUGCCGUUUUCUUUUGGGACUUCUUCGUGUUGCACUUAUAUUAGGUGUCAAUGAAACAUGUAGGAAUUCUCUAGAGAGGAGAAUUGGGAUGCAGCUGGAGCUGGCAACCCUAGAUGGUCUCUUGAUUCCCACUUAUUCGGAUUCUGAUACUCUCUACGAUACAGAUUGUGUUGAACGGGUCGUCCAUCAUUUUAGGUCCUCUGAGGCAGGGUUGACAUCAUUUUCCCCAUUGGCAGUGGAUCCAGAAACAUCGCCUUCAUCAGAACCUUUACAAAAAGUUGCUAGAUUGAUAGAUAACUAUAUUGCCGAGGUUGCUUCUGAUGUAAAUUUGAAACCAGUAAAGAUAAGAUCCCUUGCAGAGGCUCUUCCAGAAAUUUCAAGACCUUUGCAUGAUGGUCUAUACAGAGCACUUGAUAUUUAUUUCAAGGCACACCCAUGGCUAUCAGAGAAGGAUAAAGAAGAGCUUUGCAACAUUAUUGACUAUCAGAAACUGUCCAUAGAUGCCUGUGCUCAUGCUUCCCAAAAUGAAAGGUUGCCACUUAGAGUCAUUCUCCAGGUGCUGUUUUUUGAGCAGAUGCAUCUGAGAACUGCUCUAGCUAGCUGUCUCAAUGUCUUGGACACUGUAAGUGCUCCAGCAGGUGCUGCCAUCACUAUCCCAAGUGACGCAGCAGGCCAGAUUGUUCAGAGAGAUGGGUGGGUGACAGUUGUUCGUGAGAACCAGGUUUUAAAGGGAGACAUGGAAAAGAUGAGGUCUAGAGUUGGGGAACUUGAACAAGAAUUUGGUAAAAUAAAACUAGAGAUGAAAAGAGUCAGUACAUCACAUACUUCUCUAAGUUCACCUCACUUGGUUGCCAAGAAAAUAGGGUGCAAGCUUCUUCCGAGAUCCUUGGAUGCCCAGGCAGAUAUUGUUGAAAGCACUGGACCCACUCCAAGAGCAUCCGUUGAGCAAUCACGCACAUCUCGUCAUUCUAGACACAGGAAAAGUUUCUCACUGUUUUGAGAGCUAACAAAAUGAAGUCAUCAUCCAUGUUUGAUGCCAUACAAGACAGAUACAAAAGAGAUAGAGUCUUGCUUCUCGUGGAACUUGGCUUUGGCAAGCACAGGAAAUAGGCCAAUAGCUCCUCCCCAUGCUAACCAAAAGGUAUACUUACACUUGAAAGGUAGAGUUGGAAGCUGUUGAUUGUUGGACCCAAAAAUUGAAUAUGAAGGCUGUCACUGAAAGUAUAAUGCUGCAAAGCAAAUUGAUAUCUGAUGGGCAGACAGGUCCAAUCUUGACAUAAUUUGAGGAGGGAGCUAUCAUACAUGUAAAUAGGCCAAAAUUUCACUUGCAGGCGGAGUAUAUGAUUUGUUUUAAUUUGUCGUGUGAUUCUUGGGUUAUACAUGUACAGCUUUGUGAAUCAAGAUGAAAGUUGAGGUUGUAGAAUUCAUGUUGCUGUUUAUGUACAGAUAUUCAACUCAUCUCAAGCUCUUUCUUCGUCAAUUGUAUUCUUCCAAUGUUUGGCAUUAAAAAAAGAGGCUUUUGAAUUUGUUGCUCUUUAUGUUCAGGUUCAUGGGCAAUUCUGAAUC